AUGUCGGAAUCUACUGCUUUAUUAGGGAAUACUUCUCGUAUAAAUGGUAUAUUCCGUAAUAGAAAAUUACACAAGAUAUUAUUAGCGAUCCUAACUGUAGUUCUGAUUACAUUAUACUCAUAUGAAGAAAGUUUACCUCCAUCAUCUGGUCAUCAUAAAUCUCAAAAGAAGAACCUAAUCUUUUUCGUCACAGAUGGUAUGGGUCCUGCAUCGUUAUCGCUAACUAGAUCAUUUAGACAACUUACUCAGGAUUUACCUAUCGAUGAUAUAUUAGAGCUUGAUCAUCAUUUAAUUGGUUCUUCACGUACUAGAUCUUCAGACUCUCUAAUCACUGAUUCUGCAGCAGGUGCAACUGCUUUUUCAUGUGCUUUAAAAUCUUAUAACGGUGCUAUCGGAGUAUCGCCAUUAAGAAAUCCAUGCGGAACAAUUUUAGAAGCUGCUAAAUUUAAAGGUUAUAUGACAGGUUUAGUAGUAACUACUAGAAUUACAGAUGCUACACCAGCUGCUUUUAGUUCACAUGCAGAUUAUCGUAUUCAAGAAGAUCUUAUUGCAUUACAUCAAAUUGGUGAAUAUCCUCUAGGUAGAAUGGUUGAUUUAAUCAUUGGUGGAGGGAGAUCCCAUUACACUUCAAGAGUACGUAAAGAUGGACGUGAUUUAUUACACGAAUCAACUCAAAAUGGUUGGCAAGUAGUUCAAAAUCGUAAAGAAUUUGAUACUUUACAAUUAGGUACAAAUGUAUCAUUACCAUUAUUAGCAUUGAUUGCAGAAAAUGACGUACCAUUUGAUAUUGAUAGAGAUCCAAAAGUAUAUCCAUCAUUAGAAGAGCAAGCUUUAACAGCAAUUAAAGCCCUUAGUGAAGCCACUAAGGAUUCAGAUGAAGGGUUUUUCUUAUUGAUUGAAGGUUCAAGAAUUGAUCACGCGGGCCAUCAAAAUGAUCCAGCGGCUCAAGUUAGAGAGGUAUUAGCAUUCGAUAAAGCUUUUAAGGCUGUUUUGGAUUUUGCAGAACAAUCUGAAGUAGAAACUGUUCUAAUAUCUACUUCAGAUCAUGAGACUGGCGGUCUUGUUACCGCUAGACAAGUAACUGAAUCGUACCCUGAUUAUAUAUGGUUACCAGAAGUUCUAGCAAACUCAAGUCAUUCAGGUGAAUAUCUUAAAUCUUUAAUUUAUAAUUUUAAAGGUACUAAAACGGAAAAAACAAAAUUCGUUAAACACGAUAUCAUGGAAAACCAUUUAGGGAUUACUGAUUAUAGUGAAGAUGAAAUUAAUUCGUUGGUUUCAGAAAAUGACCAAAACAAAAUUCAAGAUUUGAUUAAUAUUAUGGUGAGCUUCAGAGCACAAGUUGGAUGGACUACUCAUGGACAUAGUGCUGUUGACGUUAAUAUAUAUGCGUAUUCUAAUAGACGUGAUAGAUGGCAUGAUGUAUUGGAUCAUUUACAAGGCAAUCAUGAAAAUAUUGAGAUUGGUCAAUAUAUGGCUAAAUAUCUUGAUUUGGAUCUAACUGCGAUUACAGAGUUAGUCAAGGAUACAAAUCAUUCUCCAGGUGCUACAAUUGCAGAGUUUGAAAAAUCCCAUGAUACUUAUGGUCACAAACUAAAUUAA